AUGCGGCGCAGGGGGAAAGGCGGGCGACAGGCCCGGUCGCGCCUUCAGCAAACCCCGGAGUGGCAGGAAUCCUCGCACAGGUGCCAACAUCACCACCGCCUGGCACACCGCAACGGAGCCCGCCGCCGGCGACCGUUGGAGAAAAGGGAAAAAAUCCGGCAACGGGCGAUACUCCGUCUGCCGGGAGAGGAGGAGAGAAGGAAAAAGCUCAGGCAGCGACGCAAGAAGGCAGACAAGGAGGGGACGCGGGCACCCCAGACGGCAACACGGAUGCAAAUUCUGAAGUUCAAGCGGAGGCAGCUCAACGGCCUCUCGCCGCCGCGGGAGUUUCCGACGCCGCUCCGUAGCCCGAUGCCACGCAGCAACGAGAGGAAGCCCCUCAGCGUGAGGGUGAGCCUGGCGGCGGGGAUGCGGCAAGAGCAGCGGGGCGAUCGCCGAAAUUAA